AUGGUCAAACUGUUGGGACGGCCGAGCAUUUGGGAUCUGGAUGAAGGUCUUAAAACCAAAAAGUUCUUCAAACGUGUUGGAGGUGGAUGGGCACUGAAGUACUACACGAAGAACCCUCAAGAGCUGAGUGAAUGCUUGGACCUGGCCGAGAACAUGCUCUUUAUUGAUGGCAUUGAGAGGAUCACUCCUACUGAAAUCCUGAAGCAUCCCUUUAUCCUGUAA